GAGGAGGAGGAGGAGGGAAGAAAAGGGAAACGAGAAGCAGCAGAAAGCUGAAGCACAGAGACGAGAUGAUUAACAACAACAACACACAGCUUCAAUCUGACACAAUAAGUAUUUAUCAUCUCUAAAGUCUAGUGUUAGUAUUUAUUCUCUUUUAUAAAGUUGUUGGGAACUUGUCUUUGAGUUGUUGGAGUUUCCAGUCGGACUGCAUUGCAACAAAAACACCCCCACUGCAACAACAAACCUUCCAGAAGAGCAGAAAGAGAGUCUGGAGAGAAACCAUGGAGAUCCUGGACAGUACUGAACCGUUUCUACACUGGGACCGGAACCUUAGUGAGCUGUCCGAGGCAGGGGAGGGAGACUGUGUGCUGUACACCAAUCACUUCUCCGAGCUCCUCGACGACCUCUCCCAGGAUGCUUUGCUGGGCCAGCUGCUCAGCGACCCCUUCCUGUCCGGGGUGCGAGGCGGAGGAGUGGAGGCCAUGGAGAUGGAGGACGGCAGCGACCUGUCCCCGUCCUCCCCUCUCCCGCCGCACAUCACCGCCGAGCACAGCUACUCGCUCUGCGGCGACAGCCGGCCGCAGUCGCCACUGUCGCACUUGACCGGAGAGCACGGCAGCGACGCAGAGUCUGAUGGGGAUUCGGCUGAUUGGCCCAUGGAGCAGGAGGACACCAUCGACAUCCUCCUGUGUGAGACUCCUUCUCUCCUCCCCACCCUCUCCCUCUCUCUGGUCUCCAGCGACGGGCACAAGGCGCCCGAGGGCCCCCCCGCUGUGGCCCCUGCUGCUGCUGCCGUCACCGCCGCCGCCGCCCCGGUUCAGACCACCGUCAGCAGCCCCAACCAGGGCAAAGGCUUCAAGAUUAAAGAGGAGAACAUCAUCCCCCAGAUUAAACUGGAGCCUCAUGAAGUGGACCAGUUUCUCAAUCUGUCAUCCAAAGGUCUGGAGUCCCUGCAGAUGCCUCCCACUCCUCCCAGUUCCCACGGCAGCGACUCUGAGGGCAGCCAGAGCCCCGUCCACGCCCCGCCCGGCCUGUCCUGCCCAACAUCCCCCACCAGCCCUCCUCCAUCCUCCCAAGCCAGCCUGAAGGUGUCUCCUCGCGCUGCCUCCUCCCUGUCCAACUCACCUCUCCUCACCGCUGCUCACAAGCUGCAGGGGUCGGGCCCGUUGAUGCUGACGGAGGAAGAGCGUCGUACGCUGGUGGCCGAAGGUUACCCCGUCCCCACCAAACUGCCACUCACCAAAUCCGAGGAGAAGGCGCUGAAGAAGAUCCGCAGGAAGAUCAAAAAUAAGAUUUCGGCUCAAGAGAGUCGCAGGAAGAAGAAAGAGUACAUGGACGCUCUGGAGAAGAAGGUGGAGACCUGCUCCAACGAAAACAACGAGCUGCGCAGGAAAGUGGAAACUCUGGAGUGUACCAACAAGUCUCUGCUCCAGCAGCUGCAGUCUCUGCAGGCGAUGGUGGCCGGCAAAGUAUCCAAAAACUGCAGGAUGGCAGGAACCCAGACCUCAUCAUGCCUAAUGGUGGUCGUGUUGUGUUUCGCUCUGUUUUUGGGGAGUUUCUACCCCAGCAGUUUGACUCCGUGCUCCACCAUCACUGAAACAGGCCUCACAUCCAAACAGCUGGCAGUCAAAGAGUCCUACACAACCACAGUGAAGUCGAGGAAUCUGUUAUCGACCUUCGAAGAAGAGCAGCCACACCUCCUCGGUCUGGGCGGGGAAUAUCCCGACCAAUGGGAGGACACGUCGGCCGUCGUCAUGGCAGCGUGGCGUCGCUCAGAGCAACAGAAAGUGGCCGUGGAGCCCAUCAUGGUGGAAACACACCCACCUUUCAGAAAUACAAGCAACGAUACGUCAAAAAACCUGCUGCUGGACCUGCACAGGUCUCUGGAGCAGAGGACGAAUGAAGGCAGCAGUAAAGUGAUAGAGCUGGAGCGAACGGUCAACGAAACCUCCUGAGGUUCAUGUCAACAUCCCCCUAAACCCCAUCAUGACCUUUGACCUUCAACCCCUGUAGAGCAUGGUUCAGUGUCCUGGAGCCUCAUACAGUAGUUCCCACUGCUGAUUGUUCCAUCUCUGCUUAAUCAGAUACACUGUGAUAGUAGUAGUAAUAAUAAUAAUAAUAAUAUUAUAAUAAAGAGGCACUGGUUGCCUUAAUUUCUGAAGUAAAGUUGCACUGAAUAAUUUUUACAUGAGUCACAAUAUCAGCUGUAUCUGGCUUGAAUCACAUUGAGAUAAAUUCAAAUAGACGUAGUGAAUAAUGCAUUUAUUCCAGUGGAAAGUAUAUUAAAAAUACUGUAUGACAUGUGAGGCUUUUUACAGGACACUGACGGAGAACCUUUGUAUUUAUAGUUUUUUUUGUUUUGUCUUUCAUAAAAUUAUUGUAGUUCUUUUAAUAUUAAAUGUUUUUAUUCCAUUCCAGUGAGGCAUACAUCCCAUUUUGAUACUUGUUUGUGUUCAUAUUGUAUUUUGUUUAUUAUUUUAUUGUACUCUUUUAUAUAUUGUUUUAUAUUUUCUUCAGCUGACUUGACAUUUCAACCAUUGAGGGCUUAACUCGGGGUUCCUGCACUCAUUUUUAUUUGUUGUUAAAAAAGUUAAACAUCAUAUUUGGGAUGUUUUUACGAUGUGCUGAUUAAUCUGCAGCAUAUUCUCACAAUGAACACUGACUGCAGUUUUAAAAUCAAGUUAAAUAAAAAGCCAAAAAGUGGACCAUUUUCCACAAAUGUUCAUAUUUGACGUGUCGGGACCCUGUUAGCUGACUUAGUUCUGUCUGUAUGAUGAGUGCAAGUCAAGAGUCAAAAGCAUCUUAUGGGACGACAUUUUGUCAGGUUGCUAGCAGCAAACUACACUUCAAAAUAUAUAUUUAUGCAUCCCAUAAUGUUGUCUUUCCUUAAAGGAAUAGUUUGACAUUUUAGGAAAUACGCUUAUUAGUUUUUUUGCACAGAGUUAGAUGAGAAGAUUGAUCCCACCCCCAUGUUUGAGAUUGGAAUCGAUCUUCUCGUCUAACUCUUGGCAAGACAGCAAAUAAGUUUGUCCCAAAAUGUUGAACUAUUCCUUUAAAAACAAAUGUGUGAUGGAACCACAGAAUGAACUUUCUGCACUAACUGUUUUUGGCCUUUAAUCCUGCGAUGCUUUUGCCUUAAACACUGUCAGCUCCACGUGUCUUUAUCUGCUCUGAUCUCUCAGCAUUUGCCAAAAAAAAAACGUUCCUCCCAGAAAUGAAAAAAAAAAAAAUCUAUUUUUGUAAAUAUAAGUUGUUAAUAAAUAAGCAAGUCUAACUCUGUCUGGGAUCUGUAGUUUAUAAACAAAUCCAUAAUUCAUUCAGUCUAUUUUGGAUGCAAUGUUGUUGAUAAAUUAUGAACGUAGCUUCACCGUUUGUCCUGACUUUCUGUUGGGUUUAGUCUGUUUAAUUAUGGCUUUAAAAGUGUUAAUUGUCCAUUUCCAGUGUAUUACAGAUGGGUUUUUUUUUAAUUUCUGAGCUUUUCUGUGCAUCCAUGUUGUAAAUACAAACACACCAUUUGUUAAAACUCACUAUCCACUGUCAAAAUUGAAGAUAAUUAAGCCCAGAUACAUAAGAAAUGUAUUUUACAAACUGAGGAUGAAUUAAACGGUCAACUGAAAUAGAUCCCAGUCCACUUUAGAGACUAGAAAACAAUAUUUGUAUAUCUUGGUCUCAUAUUUUCAGCUUUGCAGAUCAAUCAGUGGCUAGAUUGUCAAAGAUUUAUUGUUAAAUCUGUAUGUUAGGAUGCAUCGAUGAUGCUCCAAGGAAGCCACAACUACAUUCCUCGCUGCUGAGUGCAGGAGAGAUCAUAGGAAACCUCAGAUAUUGAGUUUAUUUUGACAUUUUUAUGGAGAAUGGAGAAAACUAGCAGCCAGUGGAGAUUGUUCUUCCAAAUCAGAUUCCAUUUUUUAUGUUGCUCCUCCUUGUGUAAAGCCACUUCUGUCUUUUUGCUUUCAACUGAAUAUAGUAUUUUCCUUAGUAAAAGCAUAUUUUGCAAAAGCA